AUUAAAUAAGUGCCAGCGCCUUUCCUUCAUCUGCCCUCAACUCACCCUCUAUCCAAAAAAUUUCUCGGUAGCUACACGUGAACAACGAAGGGACUUGAAGCAUCCACUCCAGUAAUCAAUCCUCAGAGAUAACAAAGUCAAUCAUCUGCUAGCUGUCGGCCUAUACGCGAGGGAGUGACGUAGAAGAAGAAGAAGAACUUUGAAGCAAAAAUGAGUUCUCGGACUGGGGGUCGACAGGCCAUGUCAGAGUUGAAGCUGCGGAGGCUUCUGGAGCAUAAUGCUAGACUAAAAGACGACCUUGCGAGGCCAAGGGUGAGGGUUAGUGAAGCAAGUGCCAGUCUCAUAAGAUACUGUAAAACAACCAAAGACCAUCUGGUCCCUUCUGUUUGGGGUCCAGUUGGCAAAAGCGAAGACCCUUAUGGCCAAACAUCUGGCGGCAAGUGCUGCUCUGUUCAGUAAUUCUUCGUUCAGGUUUUGGAGGUCGGCUGUUCUACCAAAAUAAUUCUGGAUCAUUUGUCUAUUGCACUUGUACCUCUACUUCCAUCAUCAUCAUUCAUCUUGAAUAACCUCUCUUCAUCUUAUCGCCGCGCUUUGUUCUCUUUCUACCCGUUUUAUCUACUAUGUAGCCCAUCCAUUGAAUUUGUUGUACUUCAAGUGUCAUUUCAAUCCGUUUUUUUUCUGCUAUCUAAAUGGAACAUUUUUCUUCUAUAUAAAAGACAAUGCUUCGGUCGUCGUUCGACACUCC